AUGAAGACUUUCGCCGUCGCCCUCUUGGCUCUCUGCCUGGCCGUCGCUGUGAACGCCGACGUUUGCCACUACGAUUGCUAUAAGGUGGAUCCCGCUGCGGGGAAGACGGCCAAGACGGCUCUGUUCCAGGCGUGCGGUGUGACAGACUACCGAUUCGGCAGCGGCCCUUCAAAUGAUCUGCAGGGAGUCUACAAGCAGGCGCCCCCCGCCGGAUGUGAGCUGGCCGUCUGCGCGCACUUCCCCACUCAGGCUGCAGUGGAUACCUACCGCAAUGCCUGCGAGCACCCCAAGCCGCAAUACGCUGUGCUGAACGGCAAGGGCGCCGGCCGCUUCGAUGCCGCCUGCACCACAUGCGCCGCAUCCUGA